UACCCUUUCUAAAAUAGACUGAGUUCUCACUUUAGUUCAGUCGCCUACAAUGUGCAAACCCUAAAAGAAAAAUCUUCAUACCCCAAGAUGGAGCUCGUAUCAACUCCCGAUCCAUCAUCCUCCUGUCACCGACUUGCUCAUUAGAGAAAUCGAUUUACCAGUGAGUCCUUUCUUGCCGCAACUUCAGCUCCUUUCUUCGAAGGCUUCCGUGAAUCGCCCAACCCCUCGACAAAAUUGAACCACCUGAGCUCCAUUCUCUUCUUCAAUGUCGGCGGUUCCAGCAAGCCUCUCCCUGUAAAAGUUCAUUGAAUCGGAGCCAUCCCUUCCCUUGCUGUUUCCCCUCGUUCUUUCUCCAUUUAGCUCAUUGCACCUUGCUCAUUUUCGGCUUCACAUCAUCGACCGUCUUGCGGCGGGUGCGAAAGAGCCUGUCUCUACCAAAGUUCCAUGAACCAGUGCCGACCCUUCCCUUUGUGUUUCCCCUGCUUCAUUAUCGGUUAGCUCCAACACAGCUUGCUCAUCGUGGUGGUGGAUAUCAUUCGACAGUCUGGUGGCAGCAGACCAGGUGAUCAUUUUGUACUCCCCUGCACUAUCUGUGUUUCCCGAGUCACUGUCUUCUUCUUCCCGACCCGAGAUCAGCUUCAAUGGCGUGCUCAAUCACUGGCGAGGAACUUGCUGAGGCCGUAGCAAACCGUAAAAACGGAUUGCUUUAUGAGAAGAGUGUGAUUGAGAAAUACAUCAGCGACAAUGGAGUUUGUCCUGUUCCCAGUACACCAGUUACAGCUGAAGAUCUAGUACCAUUAGGAAUGGGCAAGGUGCAGGCUAAGCUACCCCACCUGGAUCCGCGGUUGGCAGAUCCGGCUGUCUAUCAAGUCUUAAAAGAAUUGCUUUCAGAUUACACUACUAAGCAGUUCUUGGAACUUCAGAUGUCUAUUCAUCUGCAUAAGCUUCUGGGAAGUAUUCUUGAGUGAAAGUUGGCUGUGGCUGGGCUGGGUAGCAGUUAUUCUAGCAUGUCGGUCUUGCAUGAUCCAUCGGCUAUAUUGCAGGAUGCCUUCGAAUAUGUUAAAACAAGUUUAAAGCCACUGGAGCAGCUUGCAAAAGCUAUCGAAGGGCAUCAGGUUAAAAUGUUUUCUCUGUUUCGCUUUACAUUUGACGGCGGAGUUAUUACCGGUGAUAUUCAAGAGCCAUUGAGCAAUCGGGGAAAAAGCAGGCUAGUAGAAACCAGUCUCAAACAAAUAAUGAAGAGUCUAGGCCACAGUCAUUGGAAUAGAGGCUUAGCCGUAGCGCUCCCCGGGCAGAAAAAGUUUUUUUGGACAGAUAAAAUGACCGAAGAUCUACUUAAUAGAAUGGAGAAGGUAACAGAUAUUUCGAAAGGGUGGCCAUGGAAGGACUUGAUUUUUGAUGGGCUGCGCAAUACUCAACUAAAUUGGGUGGAAACACCUGAAACGUUCCCCCAAAGGAAAGUAUGCUGAGAGAGUUGCAGCUUUGGUUCGAAAGGAAGUACAGGGGGCUGUUUCGUCGGAGUUGCAGCAGCACUUGAGCUUGACGACGAACCAGCAAAGGAAGAAGUUGUCACCUAAACGGGCAUUAAGGAGUCCCAUAGCCUCGCAUCAACAACGUUCAGGAACAACGCUUGUUAUACGAUAGCAGUUUGAAAAACACUGCAAUAUCACGUUCAGGAAGCAGGAGUUCCCUAAGUUGGCGAGUCCAACUAUGAGACUUCUUAAUAUCCGUUUAGGUGACAACUUCUUCCUUUGCUGGUUCGUCGUCAAGCUCAAGUGCUGCUGCAACUCCGACGAAACAGCCCCCUGUACUUCCUUUCGAACCAAAGCUGCAACUCUCUCAGCAUACUUUCCUUUGGGGGAACGUUUCAGGUGUUUCCAUUUCCAAUUUAGUUGAGUAUUGCGCAGCCCAUCAAAAAUCAAGUCCUUUCAUGACCACCCUUUCGAAAUAUCUGUUACCUUCUCCAUUCUAUUAAGUAGAUCUUCGGUCAUUUUAUUUGUCCAAGAAACUUUUUCUGCCCGGGGAGCGCUACGGCUAAGCCUCUCUUCCAAUGUGACUUGAUUUUUGAUGGGCUGCGCAAUACUCAACUAAAUUGGAAGUGGAAACACCUGAAACGUUCCCCCAAAGGAAAGUAUGCUGAGAGAGUUGCAGCUUUGGUUCGAAAUGAAGUACAGGGGGCUGUUUCGUCGGAGUUGCAGCAGCCCUUGAGCUUGACGACGAACCAGCAAAGGAAGAAGUUGUCACCUAAACGGGCAUUAAGGAGUCUCAUAGUUGGACUCGCCAACUUAGGGAACUCCUGCUUCCUGAACGUGAUAUUGCAGUGUUUUUCAAACUGCUAUCGUAUAACAAGCGUUGUUGAUGAUAUGCAUUGCAUAGGAGGAUGUGGUGAUGAUGCGUGUCUGGUUAAGGGACUACAGAGUCAUUUUCGAGAUUGCAAGGGUUCUUCUGGAGCUGCUAUACGUCCUCGGUGGUUUUUUGAAAAACUUGAUGAUAUCUUUAAAGCUUCCGGUAAAGUCGGGACGCAACAAGAUGUUGAAGAGUUUUUUCUCUGUUUGUUGGAGAGACUUUUGGUGUGCAACCCUGAUGUAAGGGAUAAAUUUUCCAGGGUGUUUGGAUGAGCAAGGUGGAAUGUUCAAACUGUCAUCACAAGUCGUCUCAAGAAGAACAUUUUCAUCACAUCAGUUUAGGAGCUGCCGAGUCCCUACAAAGCUUCUUCGAUGGUGGAAAUGUUGCGGAUUAUAGAUGUGAACAGUGUCAAAUGGUUGGAGUCACAUCCAAGGAGGUUCGUCUCCAAGUUGCACCCACAAUUGCAAUCUUGCAAUUCAAAAUUUUUGAGAAGGAAGAAGGCUGUCGCUCCAAGAAGAUUCCACAUUACGGAAGCUUUCAAACUGUGAUGGACUUGACUCCUCAUUCUACAAACAAGACGGUUCAUCUCAAAUACAACCUUUAUGGGGUUGUUGUCCACCUUGGUGAAACUCUUGAAGGUGGUCAUUACAUAUGUUUCAUCAAAUCCAUGGGCAAAUGGCACCAGAUCAGUGACCAACUGGUGGAGGAGACUGAUGAGGAAGUGGUGUUGGAGCAAGCAGCAUAUAUUCUGUUCUAUGAGAGAGAUGAUAGGGAGUAAUGAGGAGAGUAAUGAGUAUUAGGUUGACAUUGGCUUUUUGUUUCGUUGAAUAGUGGAGUGGGGUUCUAGUGCCCACAAAAUACGAACAUGAAUCUUUGAGCAGUACAAAUCAGAAUACAAAGAGUUGUAGUUGUUGCGGACAAUGUCAUUACCGGUAAAUUGGUCACUGGGUUUACUACAAACGUUCAUGUUUGAUCACUACAAAUAUUUAAUUCAACUCGUGG